CAGGGCCUACCUCAUUAACAGCUUGCAUGCUUCACAUGGCUACUUAAACAACUAGAAUUCUCAACAAGCCAAGCCUCUUCUUCCAUGCAAUCAUUCCCCCUCUAGCUAGCUAGCUGCUGUGACAAGCUUUUGAUUGCGUCAAAGUUAUUUCAGGUUUAGUUUCUCAAGGAACCUUCUGUUCCAAAACCUUAAUUUUCUGGUCAUUUUUUUGAUCUCUUCCUUGUGUGAUUCUAGAACUCCCAUGGCUAUGGUUACCUUAGCAUCUGCUGUUAACACCAACCCCUCGCGAACUUUGACCUUUGGAAACGACAACGGCACCCUCCGCGACGCCUCUUUCUCUGCGUAUUUGAACGGCGCAGAGGAAACCUUUGUUCGUAAACUUGCUGACUCAAGUCGAAACCUCAUGCCCUUCAUCAUGGCCACCACUCAUGGAGAUCAGCAAGCUGACGUGGAAAGGAAAAAGGAAGACGAUGAAGAAAUUGGAGUCUUUGGAGCAGAGAAGUACUUCAAAGGAGGAUUAAUGGAUGAGGAUAAUCCAAGAACUGCCAGCAUGAUCAGUGCAAAGAAGCUCCAGUACAAGAAAGCUGAACGAGUCCAUCUAGACUCCAUGAAGUACAUAAGUCAGCCUCGAAGCACUCCCAGUGUUCAGUCUGAAUCGAGUUGGAACAGCCAAAGCGCGUUAUUACAGAAUGUCCUGAGAAAUCCUUCAAGGACUAAUACCAAUAAGGUACGCAGAAAGACGAUUCUUGCAGUUCUUGGUUGCAAAUAUUGCUCUUGUUCUGAUAAAGAAUCUGUUGAGAUUAAAGAACAUGGUGAUGAAAUGGUCAGUUUCCAAGGCCAAAGAGAGCCCAGGAAAACUGAUGAUCUAGCAAAAUUGGAUAGGUUGGGAGUUGGGUUGAACAGAGAAAACUGUUUUACUUUCCCAACAUCAAAUUCUGAGGCAGGGAGUACUCUGCCGAUCAAAUUGCAAUAUCAAGAAGAGAAAGAUCCGGAAAAACUAAGGAAGUCAAUAGAAGUGUUUGGCUCCCCCGUAAUGGAAAACAGAAACAAGUCUUUAGGCGUUGAGAGGAGGCUAACAAUGUUGUCUUGGGAUGUCACUCCAAGAUUGGAGGAACUCGAAUUUUCUGCGCCUUCUGGCGGAGCCUACAAUGAUACUGAGAGUGAUGCAAGUUCAGACCUGUUUGAGAUAGAGAGCCUCACAGGCAAAGCCAACCCGUUUCUUGCAAGGCAAGCAUCAGAUGGUGCCACGUCUGGCUGUGUCACCCCCACAACUUGUUAUGAACCAAGCGAGGCAAGCAUAGAGUGGAGUGUAGUCACCGCCAGUGCCGCGGAUUUCUCGGUGAUGUCAGAUUGUGAAGAGCUAAGGCAAACAAGUACAAGAAAAGCGGGGUCAGCCAUUCCUAAUGCCAAAGCUGAAACUAACAAAGAGAUACAGAGGCGCCGUUCCGGCAUUUUGUUGGGUUGUAAGAGUCAGAAGGCCGUGCAAGUGGCCGGAGAUGCCUACAGAACGAAUGAGAAGGCAAAUGUUUACCCACCCAUGUAUCGCAGGUCAGAUUCCAUCAUUCCUGUUUCAAGGUUUCGAGCUGAGACCAUGUCCACAGGCUUCAGUUCCAGGCAAGGGCAACGUGACCUUGCCAUACGCCCGCCCCACCGGUCACAGUCACCUCGUGCUUCACAUCUUUUGUACAUUCAGUGAUAUAUAUUUAUAUAUAUAUAUAUUAAUAUAUAUCUAGAUUUGCUUUGUUGAAGUAUGCUUUGAUUAAUUAUAUAUUCUGUACUGUGUACGAUAGAAGGUUUAUCAAUAUAUCAUAUCUCUCAAUCAAUGACUAAUUAAUCCUGUAA